AUGAGCUUAAACGAAGAAGAAGAAACAGGAGAAGCUCUUCAUGAAUGCCCAGAAAGGAGUUUUAUUUGUAUAGAACACCCAGGGCUUCCACCCAAAGAAAGAUCGAGAUUUGCAAAUGUAUCGAAACCAGAUUAUCCAAAAGAUCUUUGGAAACAAGGCAAAUUAAUAUAUCAUUUUACAAAUAAAGAGAAAUGUUUACCUGAUCCUAAAUCACCUGAUGAUAAAAUUUUACGUUUUGAUUCAAGAUUUGAAAGUGGAAAUCUUGCAAGAGUUUAUUGCAUCGAUGAUUACAAAUAUCACCUUAUUCUAGAAUACGAUUCAGAUGGUUCUGCACAAUGGUUCUACUUUAGAAUCACAAAUGCUCAACCAAAUGUUAAAUAUACUUUUUACGUUUCUGGAUUUCACAAAGAUUAUUUAAUAUUUGCUGAUGGCCAUAAGUGCUUUAUGUACAGUGAAAAAAGAGCUAAAGAACAGAACAUUUCAUGGACAAGAUUUGGAGAUUAUUACAAUUUCGCGGUAACCGCUCGAACUAAGACAAAAAAGAAACGUGCAACAGUUAGUUUUGAAGCAGAAUUCCCUUACGCCGAUGAUACAUAUUAUUUAUGCCUGGCAAUUCCUUAUACUUAUACAGAUUUACGCAAACACAUUGCCAAUUGGUCUAAUCUACAUCCAGAUAUCUUUAAAUCAGAAACAUUAUGCACGUCAUACGGUGGACGUGAAGUUCCUGUCAUAAAUAUUACAAAUCCAAAUUCAGACAUUCCAUUAGUUGGUAAAUCCUGCAUCUUCUUUACAGGCCGUAUCCAUCCUGGUGAAGCCAAUGGCUCUCAUGUCCUUCACGGCCUCAUUGAGUACUUAUUAAGUUCAGAUCCGACUGCAAAGUACAUUUUAGACCAUUGCAUUGUUACUAUUGUCCCAAUGAUUGCUGUUGAUGGCGUUAUCGAAGGAUCCACACGUGUAAACGUUUUCGGUGAUGAUCUUUCUCGAAUGUGGGAAACUCCUGAUCCAACAAGACAUCCUGUGAUUACAGCAACCAAAUCGUUGAUUGCAAAGACUGCAGGAUUGCGUCCUGUCUCACUCUACAUCGAUUUCCACGGCCACAUGGGCUUACACGGUGCUUUUUGCUAUGGCUGUCCGAAUUCAGAAGACGAAGGAUUGAGAAAUGCAGAGAAAAUGUUCCCAAGACUUUUCGCAUUGUUAUCAAACGAAGCCAGCUGGGAGAACUGCACAUUCUCAUUCCCCAAAGCGAGAAAAGGAGCAGGAAGAAUCGUUGUUAGAAAGGAAAUCGGUGUUGUUCAAUCAUUUACUGUUGAAACAUCAUUUGGUGGCAUCAUUUCAGGUCCUGAUGCGGGAAUUUUGUAUGAUGAAGAGUUAUGGCACAAAGUUGGCGAAAGAUGCGGAACAGCGACAUUCCAUUUGCUGAAUCCAACUGCUUCUCCAUUAGUUGCUUAUGUCAACAAAGAAUUGCCUUUCUUCGUGUCAACAUCGAAUAGAAGAGCUGAAAGAUUCAAGGAAGAACAGGAAGAAGACACUUCUAAGGAAUCAGCUUCUAUUGAUAAUGAUGUUGAUCAGAAAGACGAUGAAAACUCUACUUUGUUGAAAGCACACGGAAGCGGAAAAAUUUAUCAUUAUGUUCAAAGAAAUUCUUUCUUGAACUGCACUGCUGAUAAGAUUUCCACAACAAAGGAUCAUCCUUUGAAGCCUCCCAAGUGGAAACAAGCUCUUCUUGGAGCUCAAAAAUGA